AUGUUGGCGACCUCCACCGCCCAGCCAUCCAACCACUACAUCCCAUUGAGUAUUGACGAGUCGAAAUACCGCAGUGUUCGACAUCGAAUAUACACAAGUGAAGACAAACGGGACAGAGAUGAAAUGAAGGAAUAUACACAAAACCAGGACAACAUGGCAGCAAAUUCAGUAGGAACAGCCUCAGGGGGUCAAGAUGAGGGACUCUCUGCACCUGAGUUUUGUGGCACACCACUAGUGCCGACACGUCCCGGCGGUGCUUCAGUGACGUUAAUGGUGCUGGAUGCUGUUGGUCCUCGUCAGUGGUCACCUAGCGCAGGGCUCGCCGCUGCACAGCAUCCAGUCUCUGCAUCGACGCGCCUGCUGCCCGGGGACACCUCUGGGGGUCCUCUGGCGUUCACCCAGGCGAGGUACUGCGUGGUGGUGGCUGAGGAUGCGGUACCCUCCUCCUCCCUUGCCUCCGUCAGGGCUGUACAUAAGCAAGGAGCUGAGGUUCGGUACACGCUGACGCAGGGAAACAAGGAGGGCCUCUUUUCCGUCGGCCACUCUUCAGGGGUCAUCAGUCUGGCCGCGCCCUUGGACUACGAGGCGCAGAGCAAGCAUGAGUUCGUGGUGCGUGGGGAGGGCGGCGGAUCUGCGGCCCACGCCCUGGUGCGGGUGGUGGUGGCUGACGUGAACGACAACCCGCCUGUCUUUGUGCGUCCAAGACUUCUCGUGACGGUGAUAGAGGAGGACGACAGGGACUUGCCUCUGCCUCUAGCCAAGGUGGAGGCGAAUGAUGUGGACAAGGUGGACGCUGGGAGCCUAUUGUACACAAUCUCCGGGGAUGGUGUGGAUGGUUACGGGCCCACUGACGCUUACUUCACCGUGGACCCCAGCAGCGGAGAGGUGACGCAGAGGAAGGCGCUGGACCGCGACCCACCGACAGGACGCAGCGUGUGGCGGGUGAAGGUUACUGUGAGGGACGGGCAGAUGGGCGCCUGGCAGGAGAGGGAUGAGGAAGGGGACGGGCGCUACUACUCCCCUCAGUCUCAUGGCCUCUCCAGAAGACUUCACCGCGCCACUGGGAAGGACCAAGGAGUAGCGAUAGGAGGGGAGUCUGACUCAGCGCUGGUGGUGAUUGAAGCAGCAGAGACAACGGCACCAGUUUCAGACGCUGAUGCAAAACGCCAUAACAGUAACGGUGUCCUGAGGAGGAUGAAGAGGAGCAGCAGAAUUAGUUGUAGUAGUAACAGUAGUUGUUGUAGUAGUAGUGGUAGUGGUAGCAGUAGUAGUCUUUGUAGUAGUAACCACCACAUUGAGCUGCCUUUACACCUCAGAUCUACUAGUGAUAUCACUACUGCUACCACUACUACUAUUAUGACUACUACAACUACCAUUGCCACUGUCACUACCACUGCUACCACUACAGCUACACCCACUCUCACCUCUUUGGGCAGCGAGGAAAGAGCUGCUGUACAUGAAAUAAGUGAAACCGAACUCGUAUCAUCUCUUGCUCGAGGUGGAGAGAAGGAAGAACCUCAAUGGGGCAACCUAAGAGCAGAAAUGCACUGGGAAAUUCGAUCUCAUUUACCUUAUGACGAUGAGGUGGAGUCCUGGAGGUGGCGGAGGAAACGGAGGAGAAAAGCAGGUAGAGAAAACUGGUUAAGACGGGAAAGUGAGGACGAGAAGAGAGAGAAGAUAGAAACGCAAGGACGGGGACAAGGAGCAGGAGGAGGAGGAGACAUGCUAUUAGAUUCUCCGGCGAGGCAGCACCGUAACUCCGCCUUAACGACUCAUGCCAACACUAUCACGACAUCAAUCGGAGGCCAUCACACUACGGGCGUCUUCAAGUGGCCUCACCCCAGCUCCCUUCAGCUCCCCGUCGCCCCUUCCGGCAGGCAGUUUCUCCUUGACGCAGCAAAGCCUGUUCUUGCAAGACACGCUGUCAAGGGUUUUUCUUCCCCCUCACUCCUUUUUCCUUCAUUCGGUAAGAGAGAGAGGGCUAAGAGAGGACAAGGAAUUGGAAGGAGAAAGAGAGAGGUGAACGACAUCAUUCUGCUCGGGUCUCGCGGGGCGGCAGGGGACGGGCGGAGGAAGGACGUGAGCGUGGAGAAGGCUGCCCGUUACCUGGCGCACACUCUGAAAAAUGACCGAAGCAUUGUGAACGAUGGCCCAGGAGAGCGAGCAGAGCGGGACCCCAACGAGGCCGCUACUAUCGCCAUCACCAACCUCAACAGCACCGCAAGCGCCUUCCUUCCUCCCUCCUCGCCCUGCUCUUCCUCUACUUUUAUCUUCCACGCUGCCGAGAGACGAAGAUUUCUGCGCCCAAACUCCACUUGCCGCCCAUCCAUCUCCUCCGCCAUAACCUUUUCCGCGCGGAGGAAAAAGGCAGCAGGAACAGGUGGAGUGAAAGGAAAAAAUGGGCGUCUCAUUUACGGUGUUUUCAAUGCAUCGCCGAGACUCCUAAUCCACGUCCCCGCUGCGGGCCGGGAUAAAAGGAGUCUUGAUGGAACCGCGCGCCUGGGCGCUCCGAGGAGGCCCAGCGGCAAGGCAUUACACACUCCUCAUGCAUCCCGCGCCUCCCUCCACCAGCCCCAUACCUCAAAAUUAAGAAUGCGCCUUCCCAACCCGGUAAUAAAUCCAAGACGCAGAGGCAAGCGCGAGGCAGCGGCCUGGAAGAUAUACCGACACCGCCAAGUUCUCAGGACGCAGGAAACUUUGAGGAACGUGCAGCGCAAGGACCCGCCAGCCGCUGAGGGAAGCCAGGCAAUGGGACGAGAAGAUGUGCAACUUCCCACGUCCGGCGCUGAGGAUUUACUGGUGAUGUCGCCUCGCUUUGCACCCACCGAGAUUGAUCUUCCUUCUACUUUUACUUCUUUGUCCUCAUCUGUCGCCUCCACUGCCUCAUCAUCCGGCCCCAAUACACACCCCUCCUCUUUAACCUCCUCCUCUGCGGCGCCUUCAUCCUUUCCGUCCUCUUCCCCCUUCACCUUACAGAUGCUUUGGGCGGAUAAAAAGAGCCCUGCCAUUGAGCGUCCAUCCCUGGAGAAUCCCUCUGACAAGCCCUUGAAGACCCGUCACGCGGCCAGGAGGGAGCAAAGGGACCUGGAGACGACCUUCCGCACGAAUUACAAGGAGGAGGAGGAAGAAGAUGACAGGAAUGGUUACGGAGAGUGCGUUUACUUCACCCCAUCCCUGACUACCUCGCGGCAGCCUCCCACCGUAACACCUGAAGGAGGGAGUGAAGGGGGAGGGACUGGAGGUGGAAGGGCACAGCACGUGGCGGAGACAGUGCUGACGGUGAUGGUGAAGGAUAUCAAUGACAACGCUCCAGUCUUCCCCAACACCACCAUCUACGGACAAGUACAGGAGAACGGCGCAGCGAAUUUGUCGGUGGCUGUCGUCCUCUGCCUGGGACGCUGACGACGCCACUGAAGGAACCAACGCCAAGCUUACUUACUCCAUCGAGAAGAACGUGAUUGACGAACGCACGGGCGAGGCCAUCUUUGCCGUGCACCCUGAGACAGGCCUGGUACGGACCGCCCUGUGUUGUCUGGACCGCGAGACCACA